AUUAUGAUAUUGGAUUAACACAUACCACCUACAAUGUCAAUGUGUGAGGAGGUGCAAAUGAAAAAAAGAACAUAGUGGGUGAGAUUAGAAAGAAACAAUUAAUAUAGAGGGUCCUUGAAAUAAAAUCCAGAUUUUCAAAAUUUGAAAUCAAAAGCAUACGGAGAAACAAACACUAUUUGUAUUUCCCUUUCUGGUCUCUGCGUCGGCGUCGCGUCAUCGUUUUCUCAGAUUCCUGGAAUCAUUCUCUUUCGAUACCAAUCCCCUUCCUUCCUUCCUUCAUCUCCGAUUCGAACACCCUAGCUUCCAAUCAUGCCUAUGGAGAACGACAAUGACCACGCUGCCAAGGUCGUCCUCACCGUCGAGCAAGCGAGCAAGGUUAGCGACACUGCCGUACGGUUGCCGGAGAAUCUUCCGACCGGCGUCGUCUCAGAAUCCGGAGGUGGAAGCGAGAAAGGAGAGGAAGCGGUGGAGACGGCGGUGGCGGAGGAUGUGGAUGAGAGCGGAUCGAAUACGGAGGGAGAGCUACCUCCCCGAUCUUCCUCAGCGAGAGUUCCGUUCACUAAUCUGAGCCAGAUUGAUGCGGAUCUUGCUCUCGCUCGCACUCUCCAAGAACAGGAGCGGGCGUAUAUGAUGCUGACGAUGAACAGUGAGGUCAGUGACUAUGGGAGCUGGGAAACUGGAAGCUAUGUAUACGAAGAGGAUGAGGAUGACGACGAGGACGAGUAUGAAACAGAUGAUGAUCCUCAGGGAGAUGCGCCAAAUGUUAAUGCUCAUGAGGAUGAUCAAGAAGAUGAAGGCAGGAAUGCUGACGAAGAAGAAGUUGGGUAUUCAGAUGAUGAAGCCUUUGCUAGAGCUAUUCAGGAAGCUGAGGAAAGGGAAAUGGCAGAUAGGUUGUCUGCCUUAACUGGGUUGGCAAAUCGGGUUGAAGAUCUGGAAGAGGAUGAUCAUACUUCUCAGGAUGCCUGGGAUGAGAUGGAUCCUGAUGAACUUUCAUAUGAGGAGUUGCUUGCGCUUGGCGAUAUUGUGGGAACCGAGAGUAGAGGGCUGUCUGCUGAUACAAUUGCAUCUUUGCCUUCAAAAAGAUAUAAAGAUGGAGACAAUCAGAACGGAACCAAUGAAUCCUGUGUUAUAUGUCGUCUGGACUAUGAGGAUGAUGAUGACUUGAUACUUCUUCCAUGCAAACAUUCUUACCACUCGGAGUGCAUAAAUAACUGGUUGAAGAUAAACAAGAGUUGCCCGGUAUGCAGCGCAGAAGUUUCAACUUCCACAGCUGGACAAAGCUAAUGAGAGCAAAGGAAGAGGUUUCCAGGAAAAAAAAAAAUUGUAAGCUAAAAAAACUUUGUCACCUUAGCUGUCUGUUUGUACACUAUAUUAAACAAAAGCAUCAUCAGAUUUGCUUUGAUCCUUUAAACAAUCUCAUAAAUUGGAACUUUCGAAAAAGUUUUUGAUUCUAGGUUCUGCUUU